CUACAUUCUGGACCACCCUUUCUAGAAAUCGAUCAAACUAGUAUACAUUAAUUUGCAGAAAAUGAGGAAUUGAAGGACCACCAGCCACCGGUCAAGUUAUAACUCGAUUUGUCUAGCUGAAUAGAGCCUCCUAAUCAGAUUGAAUCAUUGAAUAUCAGUUCAAAAGAUACUGUGACAUAAUUAAGCUUGAGCUAUGGAGGACUCCCAUACUGAUGGCUCAGUUGCGAUAAGCAUUGGUCCGGAUCGAAAUAUUUCUGAGGACGGCAGUUCUGCCGCAAGAGAAACAAGAAGUACUAGUCCGAAAUGGCCAACAAUGGAGGAACUUGUUACCCUCUUAGAAAAAACGGAGGAUGUUAAGCUUCAUAAGCCAGCAUUCCUCUCGAUGUGGGACAAUAGGAUAUUUGUAAUAUCAUGUGCAUUUGCCGUCUUACUUGAUCCUUUGUUUUCUUACAUCUUUCUCAUCAACGACGACAAGAAGUGUGUGAUGGUGGACCGAAAGUUGAAGUUAGCAUACGUUACUCUACGAUCAGCUACAGAUAUAUCAUAUGCAUUGGACAUUAUCUUUUGUUUAUGGCGAAUUCGGAAUGCUAAGAUACUUGAGGCCUGGGGAAUGAUGAGUACUGUUUCUUUGAAUGGAAAGAGAUCAGUGUCACCCCUUCUCCUUGUUCAUAUUUUUGUUGCUCUUCCCCUUCCACAGGUAACACUACUCACUGCCAGAGGUGUUGAUUCUGUUCUUCUUCUUUUUACUCUAAUUCAAUACACAGUACGAGUUUAUCGCAUCUAUGGUUCGCUCGGGCAACAACCUAAUAUAGCAACUGUAAAAGGAAGUUGGCUUAAAGCUACAUUGGAUUUUUUUCCCUUCAUCCUUGCUGCUCAUCUAUUUGGAGCAGCGUGGUACUAUCUUGCUGUUGACCGUAUAGUGACUUGUUGGAUGGAUGCCAUUGGAAAAUAUGAUCCUUACUGUGAUGAUUUAAAAUCUUCUAAUACUGUGGAAAAUACAAAAUCCCUAAUUAAUAAAUCAUGCUCAAAAAGUUCUUCAAACACAAUAGUGGAUUUUGGUAUUUACAAUUCCGCUAUUCAAUCUGGUUUGACAAAAUCAACCAAGCUUUCCCUAAAGUUGUUGCAAGGUUUUUGGUGGGGACUGCGAAAUCUGAGGUUUGUACACUUAUAUAAGCAUAUGUAAAUGUAUAUGUGUUUAUAGAGACUGAUUGAUGUCUCAUAUAUAUGUAAGAACAUAUUAAUACUUGAGACCCUCUAAUUUUUUUUGCA